CCUGUUGAGUUAUUAAACUCACUGCAUGUCCUAAAGUUAUGGCCUAAUAGCGUCACGUGUUCGUGGAAAAGGUUGAGCUUUGUUCUCAUAAAAAAUCUUUUUUCUGUGUACUGGCGAAACUCGACGAGCCGGGUCCUGCCGCCGCACCAGACGUUACCAGGGCAACCAAGCGUUGCCAUGGAGACGUGUACACCGACGCGCUGCUCGUAGGAGUUGGCUGCCUGGCGGUAGUUUUACAGUCCAAAGGAGAGCGUCUUUAAGCUCAUGAGCUCAAGACCUGACGCAUCAAAUAUUUUAUGAACCACGUGGCAAGAGGCGAGCUUUGCCGCGGGACCUGUGAACGUCAUGGUGGAGGAUCACAUCAAGAGCAUUCGUGAGCUGGUGAUCCGCUGCGUGGCCGUUUCCGGUGUAGCGGAGGAGCUGUGGACGGAGGAGAAUGAGAAGGCCGUGGACCGGUUCAUUGAGGACACGUCCAUCACACUCAUGGUGGUGUACGAGGACCCCAGCGCGGGGCUGCGGGUGGAGCACACCAUGCCCUCACACGGACAGUGGCUGCAGCAGCUCUCCUACUUCACUCGCGUCCCGGGAGCCUUCGUCACGGCGGAGACGUUUAACACGGCCGUACAGUUUGGCAGCGCGCGCGGCAGCCCCACGCGCCGGCUGCUCCGGGACAUGGCCUGCCUGCACGCCCCCCCGCUCGCCCUCUGCACCUUCAGGGUCAAGAGCCUCAAGGACACCUACACCAAUAACAUGCACUGCUACGUGGCCACCCUCACAGAUGAAGUGCAUAACAAGGUGGGCAAAACGGUUCUUUACAUCCCAAUGGAAGCCUUGCAGUUCAGUCCUGAGGAGGCCAAGAAUGACUUAGCGCUGGUGCAGAGAUUGGAGACUGUUGUCAUCAAGUGGACAGAUCAAAUCAAGGAGGUACUCAAUGCACAAGAAAUAAUGAAUAUGCGGGACGACUGUGGUCCACUGCACGAGAUAGCUUUCUGGAAGAGUCGCUCUAUCAAGCUGCUGAACAUCAGCCAGCAGCUGCAAAACCCAGGGGUCCGACACAUCCAGAAAAUCCUGCAGCUCUCAAAGUCUCUGUAUGAACAAUGUUUCUCCAAAGUAACCAAGGCUAUACAGGAUUACUCUCUGCAAGCCCAGUCAAACCUGCAAUUCCUCUCUAUUCUAAAGAAACCCUGCGAAGAGUUUGCUCAGCUCAAACCUAACCAAGCUGCUCCAAAGCUGCAGCAUAUUGUCAGUCUGAUUCGAGUCAUUUGGGUCAACUCCAGUUACUACAACACCGACGAGAAAAUCAUUGGUCUUUUCCGCAAGAUGACGAGUGAGGUCGUGUCUUUGUGCCUCCAAUCCAUCUCUCUGGACAGGAUCUUUGAGGGCUAUGUGCUGUCCAGCAAGAAAACGCUCAGCGAAUGCAUCCAGUGCUGCGAGUCUUGGAAAGACAUAUAUCUGCAUGCCUCAAAGCUCCACCGCAAGAAUUCUUCAAAAGGUUGGCUGCUGGACCACACCAACUUUUUUGUGGUAGUUGAUUCUUUCAUUCUGAGGUUCAAAAACCUGCUCGAGAUAUGUGACUGUCAACAACAGUUUGCCCGUUGGGAGGAAGGUCAGCAGAGGGCCCUGCCAUCCUUCACGGGCUGCCAGGUACCAGAGUUCACUCGCUCACUCCUGGAGAUAGAGGCGAACUAUCAAUGUGGCCUACAAAACCUGCGCUCUCUAGAUAACGACAUCCUUGAUGUUAAGAACAUCACAUGGGGCCGGGAAUUUACCAGAUUUCAGUCAUUAGUAAAGGAUCUGGAAAUGAUGAUGCAAAAUCUCAUCAGUUCCGUGUUUAAGACAGUGACCACAGUAGAGGAAGGAGUUCGGCUUUUGGACAUUUUUAGACCUUUAUCUACUCGAGAGGCCAUCAAACCCACCAUAGAAGCAAAGAUGGAGGAAGUAUACAACAUAUUUAACAGUGAGCUCAAAAUGGUCAACAAGGAGAUGAAUCAGAGGAAGGAGCGGUUUCCUGACUAUGUUCCACAUUUAGCAGGACAGGCCCACUGGGCAAGAGCUCUCAGAAAUCGCAUAGACAAAUCAGUGGAGGUGCUUCAGAAGGCCCAUUUUAUGUCUAAGUCAAACACACAAAACCAAGUAUUUGUUACCUAUGAUGAGAUUGUCAAGUUCUUGGGUGAGAUUGUGAAGAACAGUUUCAGCAUGUGGAGCCAGAACCUGGACGGACAGUACAUCAAAAAGCUAGAGCAGCCUCUCAUGGUGCGCUGCAAGGACAAGUCUGCUAAACUGAACAUCAACUUUGACAAGAACCUGUUGAACCUGUUCUCUGAGAUCCACUAUUGGGAUCGACUAAAGUUUGAGAUUCCCCAGAGUGUGUCUGACAUUUACCAUGAGAGGGAAGACCUGAGAGGCCUGAGAGAGAGAGUCCUGCUGCUGAUCAGGGACUAUAACAGGAUCAUUGGAAUGCUGUCUCCCAGUGAGUUGGGUCUAUUUCAGGAGCGAAUCCGCAGCAUUGAUAAGAAGAUUCAGCCUGGCCUGACCAAGCUCACGUGGCUGACUAAAGGAGCUUCUAACGUCUUCAUCCGUGACUGUCUGCUGCAGGUUCACAAGGUGCAGCUGACUGUUGAUAGCUACAAAGUGUCCAAUUUGUCCAUCUCCAACCUCUGCCGCCAGAUCAGUGAAACAUUUCUGGUUAGACUGGAUGGAAAGACUGUGUACAGGAAUGUGGAGUUUGAGAAUGACCAGAAGGCUUACCAGCAGAGACAGCUGCAAACUCUACGCUCAGCACACCAGGAAAUAGUUGACCUCAUGACCCACAUUUAUAGCAUCUUCUCAGAGGAUGGAUAUGAGGUCACGGAGCACUGGGUGACCUACACAAAGAAGGUGGACCACAUGGUAGAAGAAGCUUUCAGAAGCAACAUCAAACACUCCAUGAAAAACCUAUCGAGGGCCAUUAACGGCGACAGUAAGACAUCACCGAAUCCAUUGUUUAAAGUCCUCGUAGCACUGCGCCAGACAACCUCUCAAACAACACAGAAGGUGGAAUUCUCCCCCACGCUCGGAAAGCUUGCUGAAAUGGUGAACAUCAUGCCUCAAAUUAUCAGCACCAUCUCAGAAUUUAAACGGCUGCCUGAACUUCUUGACUGCAAACAGUCAGAGGUGAAGCCCAUACACGCCAGCAUAGAGCAAGAUGAGGAGAUAAAAAGGAUUCGGGCUGCAGUUGCCACAGGAAUGACGGCCAAUGCUAGUCAACUGCAGGCCUAUCUGAAAAUGUGGGACAAAUACAGGGACAUCUGGCAUAUUGACAAAGACUCCUUUAUACAACGCUAUCAGAGACUCAACCCGCCAGUUACCUCGUUUGAUGCAGAUAUUCCCAGGUACACGGAAAAGGCCAACAGUGUUCAACAGGAAGAGACUGUCGUAAACAUCCAGUUUGUGAUGCUGGACUGUUCACCUCUCAAGUCGUCACUGGUGCAACACUGCAAUGAGUGGCAAACCAAGUUCACUGAGCUGCUCAGCCAUAUGGCCAGCACCCGCCUGAAAGAACUUCAUGUUUCUCUACAGGACAAUGCAAACAGGCUAAGACAACCUCCCCAGACACUGGCUGAGCUUGGUGAUAGCCUAAAGCUCUUGGAGACUCUGCAGGGUAAUUUGGCCAGGACAGAAGCUCAGAUUCCUCUCAUCCAUGACCAGUUUGCAAUCCUAGACAAAUAUGAAGUCCCAGUUGAACAGGCUGUGCAAAACAUGCGUGAGGUGCUGAAUGACGAGUGGGUGUGGUUCCAGCAGGUGUUGAUUGACAGCGACAUCAUGCUGCAGAAACACAAGGAGAAGUUUAAGAACAGCUUCAUCCUCUCCUUUGAGGAGUUUAAAAAAAAGAUUCAGGAUACUUUGCAGGAGUUCAACAGCACAGGUCCAUUUGAUAGUGCACUGAGCACUGGGUUGGCUCUUAAACAAAUAGUGGAGCAUCGCACCAAACUGGAGACUCUCAAACAGGAACAGACCACUAUUCUUCACGGUCUGGGCUUUUUCAAAGUAGAUCAGCCCCCCUCUAAAACCAUCCAGGCACUGGAGAAGGACAUAGAUCAACUGCAGGAAGUCUGGGCCAUCACAGAAGAAUGGAACACCAAAUGGAGCAAAUGGAGGACUCGUCAGUUUGCUACACUGCACACAGAAGACAUGGAAAGCGUAGCACAGGACAUGUUCAAGAAACUCAUCAAGCUCCAGAGAGAACUUAAGGACAAGGAGUGGGACAUAGUAGACUUCUCUAAAAACAAGAUUGACCAGUUCAAGCGGAUCAUCCCUCUCAUCACCAACAUGAGGAAUCCAGCCAUGAGAGACAGGCAUUGGAAGCAAAUCCGUGAAGACCUGCAGUGCUCCUUUGACCACACCAGUGCUGAAUUCACCUUGGAGAAGAUGAUAUCUCUGGGCCUGGACAAGUUUACUGACAACAUCUGUGACAUCUCUGGCGCUGCCACCAAGGAACUCUCCAUAGAGCAGGGUCUGGAAAGCAUUAGCAAGACUUGGGAGGUAACACUCCUUGACAUUGCACCUUACAAAGAUAAGCAUCAUUACUGGCUAAGAGGUACAGAUGAGGUUUUCCAGGCCCUAGAGGACAACCAGGUCAUCCUGUCCACAAUGAAGGCUUCUCGCUAUGUGAAAGUCUUUGAGCAGGAGGUGGACUGCUGGGAACGACAGCUCUCGCAGGUGCUCGAGGUCAUUGAAAUGAUCCUCACCGUACAGCGUCAGUGGAUUUAUCUGGAGAACAUUUUCCAAGGAAAGGAUAUACGGGAGCAGCUGCCUCAAGAGUGCAAACAGUUUGAAGAUAUCAGUUCUAGUUGGAAAAUGAUCAUGAGCCAACUUUAUAAAGAUAACAACGCCUUGCGAGGAACACACCACCCUGGCUUUGCAGAGACAUUGACAGAGAUGAGUGCCAAGCUGGAGGAGAUCCAGAAGUCCUUAGACAUGUAUCUGGAAACCAAGAGGCAGCUGUUUCCAAGAUUCUACUUCCUGUCCAAUGACGAUGUGCUGGAGAUCCUGGGACAGUCACAGAACCCAGAAGCCGUUCAACCGCACCUGAAGAAAUGUUUUGACAACAUCAGGAGCCUGCGCAUAGAAAAGGUGGGAAAUAAAACAGGUGCCACAGGGAUGUCCUCUGCUGAUGGAGAGUACAUUGAGCUCAUCCAAUCAGUACAAGUGGAUAGACCAGUGGAGGUUUGGUUGUGUGACGUUGAAAAGACCAUGCGAAUUACCCUGAAAGAUUGUCUGAACAGUUGCCUUGUAGCUCUCAAGAAAAUGACAGGGCAGAGAGACAAAUGGGUGAAGGACUGGCCAGGACAGAUGCUGAUCACAGCCAGUCAGAUCCAGUGGACCACUGAUGUCACUAAAGCUCUCACUAUCAGCAAGGAGAGAGGUGACAAGGCAGCACUAAAGUCCAUUAAGGAGAAAAAGGUCUCCAUGCUUCAAGGCUAUUCUGAGAUCAUCCGUGGUAACCUGUCCAAAGUUUUGCGUCUAAAGAUUGUAGCACUGGUCACGGUGGAGGUUCAUGCCCGGGAUGUCAUUGACAAGCUGAUCAAGGCCGGCUGUCGUGAUGUCACUGCCUUUGAGUGGCUCUGCCAGUUGAGACUAUACUGGGAGAAGGAUGUGAAUGAUUGUGUCGUCCGACAAACCAACUCACAUUUCAACUAUGGCUAUGAAUACUUGGGCAACUCUGGACGUCUGGCCAUUACUCCACUUACUGACAGAUGUUACAUGACGCUGACCACAGCUCUCCAUCUCCAUCGUGGGGGGUCUCCUAAAGGCCCAGCUGGCACUGGAAAGACAGAGACAGUAAAGGACUUAGGCAAAGCACUAGGCAUGUACGUCAUCGUCGUCAACUGUUCUGAAGGCCUAGACUACAAAUCCAUGGGACACAUGUACUCAGGUCUGGCACAGACAGGCGCGUGGGGCUGCUUCGAUGAGUUCAACCGUAUCAACAUUGAGGUGUUGUCAGUGGUUGCCCAGCAGAUCCUCUCCAUCCUGUCUUCCCUCUCAGCUGGACAGUCCAAAUUUCAUUUUGAUGGACACCACAUUAGUCUGGUGGCAUCGUGUGGCAUCUUCAUCACCAUGAAUCCAGGUUAUGCUGGACGUACCGAGCUUCCAGACAACCUCAAGUCCAUGUUUCGACCAAUCUCUAUGGUGGUUCCAGACUCUACUCUAAUUGCAGAGAUAUUACUGUUUGGAGAAGGCUUUAACAACUGUAAGCUCCUGGCUAAGAAGGUGUUCACCCUGUACUCUCUGGCUGUGCAGCAGCUGUCUAAACAGGACCACUAUGAUUUUGGCCUGCGUGCUCUCACUUCCUUGCUACGCUAUGCUGGGAGAAAGCGCCGCUCCUGCCCAAACAUUUCUGAUGAAGAAAUCCUGUUAAUGGCAUUGAAAGACAUGAACACUGCUAAACUCACCUCAGCUGAUCUGCCACUAUUUAAUGGCAUCACCCAGGACUUAUUCCCUGCUGUGGAAACACCCGUUAUAGAUUACGGAAAGUUGAAGGAAGCUAUUGAGGCAGAGCUUCGUGGCAAUGGUUUGCAAGUGACUCCUUUCAUCAUGACUAAAGUUAUUCAACUUUACGAGACCAAAAAUUCCCGACACGCAUCCAUGCUGGUCGGCAAGACAGGCAGUGCUAAGAGUGUUACAUGGAGGACCUUGCAGAGGGCUCUCACUGUCCUGCACCAACAGGGGGCGUCUGAGUGUCAGCCAGUUCAGGUUCAUCCUCUGAAUCCCAAAGCCAUGAGCCUGGGGGAGCUGUAUGGAGAAAAAGAUCUCUCCACCAAUGAGUGGAGUGAUGGAGUGCUCUCAUCUCUCAUGAGAUCAGCCUGUGCAGAUCAGAAACCAGAUGAGAAGUGGAUUGUGUUUGAUGGGCCUGUUGACACGUUGUGGAUAGAGAGCAUGAACUCUGUAAUGGAUGACAACAAGGUGCUCACGCUCAUAAACGGAGAGCGUAUCUCAAUGCCCGAACAGGUCUCCCUGCUGUUUGAAGUGGAGAACCUGGCAAUGGCCUCUCCAGCUACAGUGUCUCGCUGUGGGAUGGUCUACAACGAUUACACAGAUCUGGGCUGGAAGCCUUUUGUUCAGUCUUGGCUGGACAGGCGUAACAAGGCUGAGGUGGAGCAUUUAAAGUGUGUGAUUGAGAAAUAUGUAGAAAGCACUCUUAACUUUAAGAAGAACAACUGUAAGGAGCUAAUCCCUAUCACUGAGCUUAACGGGGUAACAUCUCUCUGCCGCCUGUAUGAUUCCCUGGCCACAUCCAGCAAUGGGGUAAAUAUUUCAGACACAGAGAACUUGGGCAGGAUGGUGGAGCUGUGGUUCAUCUUCAGCCUUAUCUGGUCCAUCUGUGCCUCAGUUGACGAGGACGGGCGCAAGAAGAUAGACAACUUCCUCAGAGAGAUGGAAGGAACUUUUCCUGUCAAGGACACCGUUUAUGAGUAUUUUGUGGACACGAAAAACAGAAACUGGACUUCUUUUGAUGAUAAGCUGCCAAAGGGCUGGCGCUACAACACUAGUGCUCCUUUCUACAACAUUAUAGUUCCUACUGUGGACACAGUUCGCUAUAAUUUCCUGGUCCAGACCCUGGUGCUGGCUCAGUACCCGGUUCUGCUGACAGGGCCAGUGGGAACCGGUAAAACUUUGGUUGCCCAGAGUGUCCUCCAGGGCUUAGAUAGCAAAUGGACUGCCCUGACUAUCAACAUAUCGUCACAGACCACCUCUAAUAACAUCCAGGCCAUUGUGGAGAGCCAAAUAGAAAAAAGGACCAAAAACGUGUUCGUGCCCACGGGUGGGAAACGCCUCCUGUGCCUCCUGGACGACCUCAACAUGCCGGCUCAUGACCUUUUUGGCUCUCAGCCGCCACUGGAGCUGCUGCGUAUGUGGAUCGACUACGGCUUCUGGUACGACCGCCAGAAACAGACCGUCAAAUUUGUUAAGGACAUGUUCUUGUUGGGAUCCAUGGGGCCCCCUGGUGGAGGAAGAACUCACAUUUCUGGCCGCUUACAAAGCAGAUUCAACCUGAUCAAUAUUACCUUUCCUAAUGACUCCCAAAUCAGGCAUAUCUACAGUACCAUGAUCAACCAAAAACUACAGGGGUUUAAGGAAGACGUGAAGCCAAUUGGACAAAUUCUGACUCGGGCCACUUUAGAGCUCUACUAUGCAGUUGCAUCACAGUUUCUUCCCACGCCAGCCAAGAUACACUACCUCUUUAACCUCAGAGAUAUUUCCAAGGUGUUUCAAGGUCUGCUAAGAGCCCACCCAGACUUUCAUGAUAGCAAAAGUAACAUAAUCAGGCUAUGGAUCCAUGAGUGCUUCAGGGUUUUCUCAGACCGGCUUGUCGAUCAAAACGACAGGGACACCUUUGUUACUUUGAUGGGGGAGAAGCUGGGCUCUCUUUUUGACCUCACAUUCCACAGUGUCUGCCCCAACAAACAGCCACCAGUAUUUGGUGAUUUCCUGAAUGAGUCUCAUGUGUAUGAGGACCUUCUGGACAUGAAAGGUGUUAAGAGGUUUAUGGAGACACAUCUGGAAGACUACAACCUGACACCAGGCGUUGUGCCCAUGAGCCUGGUCCUCUUCCGGGAUGCCAUCGAGCACAUUACUCGUGUGGUACGUGUCAUCAGUCAACUUAGGGGCAGCAUGCUUCUAGUUGGUGUUGGGGGCUCUGGCAGACAGAGCUUGUGUAAAAUGGCUGCCUCCAUCUGUGAACACCAGUUGUUCCAGGUGGAAGUCACCAAGCAGUACCGCAAACAGGAAUUCAGAGAAGACAUCAAGAAGCUGUACCGUUUGACUGGUGUGGACAACAAGCCCACUGUCUUCCUGUUUAAUGACACUCAGAUCACAGACAAAUCGUUCCUAGAGGACCUCAAUAACAUCCUGAGCUCUGGAGAGGUGCCUAACCUCUACAAGCCAGAUGAGUUCAGUGAGAUAUGCAGUGCCCUGUCAGGCUCUGCCAGGAAAGACAAGGUCGCAGAGACUCCUGACUCCUUGUUUAGCUACCUGGUAGAGCGAGUCAGGAACAACCUGCACAUAGUAUUCUGCAUGAGCCCAGUGGGAGAGCCCUUCAGAAACCGCAUUCUCCAGUACCCAGCACUUGUUAGCUGCACUACCAUUGACUGGUUCUGUGAGUGGCCCAAAGAUGCUCUGCUGGAGGUUGCUGAGAGGUACUUGGAUGGAUUGGAGCUGGAAUCCUCAGAGGGGAUCCAGAAAAAGAUUGCCAGUACCUUUGUGACCACACACCAGUCUGUGGCACACGUUUCAGAAAAGAUGAAGUUGGAGCUGAGGAGACAUAAUUAUGUCACACCCACAAACUACCUGGAACUUGUGUCUGGAUACAAGAAACUCUUAGCAGAGAAGCGCUGUGAGUUGGGGGAGCAGGUGAGCAAGCUGCGUAAUGGCCUUUUGAAGAUCAGUGACACGCGGGAGAAGGUGAAGGCCAUGUCUGUAGAGCUUGAGGAGGCCAAGGAGCAGGUGGCCGUGUUCCAGAAACAGUGCGAUGAGUACCUGUCUGUCAUUGUGCAGCAGAAGACAGAGGCUGACAAGCAGCAGAAGGUGGUGAGUGCUAACAGUGACAAAAUUGCAGCUGAGGAGUUGCAGUGUAAAGCCAUGGCUGAUAACGCACAGCGAGACCUGAACGAGGCUCUGCCAGCCCUGGAGGAGGCCAUGAAGGCUCUGGAGUCUCUAAAUAAGAAAGACAUGACGGAGAUUAAGUCAUAUGGCCGUCCCCCGGCACUGGUGGAGACAGUGAUGCAGGCUGUCAUGACCCUACAGGGCAAGGAGCCCACGUGGGCAGAGGCCAAGAGACAGCUGGGCGAGGCCAACUUCAUCAAAACAUUAGUUAACUUUGACAAGGACAAUAUAUCAGACCGAGUGUUAAAGAAGAUUGGUCAGUACUGCAAGCAAACAGAUUUCCAGCCAGAUAUUAUUGGCAAAGUGUCACUCGCUGCUAAGUCCCUCUGCAUGUGGGUCAAAGCCAUGGAGGUUUAUGGGCGAGUUUACAGGGUGGUGGAGCCAAAGCGGGCGCAACUGAACACAGCUAUGACCCAACUAGCGGAGAAACAAGCUGCACUGGCUGAGGCCCAGAACAAACUACGAGAGGUGGCUGAGAGACUAGAGGAGCUUAAACACCAGCAUGGUGAAAAGCUGGUCAUGAAAGAGAGUUUAAAGAGGAAAUCAGAUGAGAUGGAAGUGAAACUGGACCGAGCUGAUAAAUUGGUGACUGGACUCGCUGGAGAGAGGAUCCGCUGGGAGGACAGAGUUGCUGGCCUCACAGAAAGCAUGGGCUAUCUUGUUGGUGACUGUCUGCUAGCAGCGUCUUUCUUGUCCUACAUGGGGCCGUUUCUAUCCAACUAUAGAGAUGAGCUACUGACUGUAUGGAUGAAGGAGGUAAGAGACUCACAGAUCCCAUGCUCACCAGGGUUCAGCUUUGCAGUUUUUCUGUCCAAGCCUACAACAGUGAGGGAAUGGAACAUUCAAGGCCUGCCCUCUGAUGCAUUCUCCACUGAGAAUGGUGUAAUGGUCACCCAUGGAAACCGAUGGCCACUUAUAGUAGACCCACAAGGCCAAGCUCUGAAGUGGAUCAAGAACAUGGAGAAGGAACAUGGUCUGAAGGUAAUAGACUUUCAAAUGCCUGAAUACCUGCGGGUGCUGGAGAACGCCAUCCAGUUUGGGAAUCCCGUGUUGCUGCAGAAUGUGCAGGAGGAGUUGGACCCGUCUCUUAACCCAGUUCUCAACAAGUCCUUGACACGGAAAGGCAGCAGGCUACUGUUAAAGUUGGGUGACAAGGAGUUGGAGUACAACCCAGAAUUCCGUUUUUAUAUCACCACCAAGCUAUCUAAUCCUUACUAUGCUCCAGAGAUUUCUUCAAAGACCACCAUAGUCAACUUUGCUGUCAAGGAGCAGGGUCUUGAAGCCCAACUGCUGGGCAUCGUCGUUCGUAAAGAGCGUCCAGAACUAGAAGAACAGAAGGACUCUUUGGUGAUCAGUAUCGCCUCUGGAAAGAAGCGUCUGCAAGAGCUGGAAGAUGAGAUUCUCAGGCUGCUGAAUGAAGCAACUGGCUCACUGCUGGAUGAUGUUCAACUGGUGAACACCCUGCAAACCUCUAAAGUAACAGCCACUGAGGUUUCAGAGCAGCUGGAGAGCAGUGAGCAGACAGAGAUGAAAAUCGACUCUGCUAGAGAGGCUUAUCGCCCAUGUGCCCGGCGGGCCUCUAUUCUAUUUUUCAUCCUAAAUGACAUGGGCAGAAUUGACCCCAUGUACCAGUUCUCACUGGAUGCCUACAUUGACCUGUUCGACCUUAGCAUUAAAAAGAGCAAGCAUAGCCAGAAGCUGGAAGAAAGGAUUACUCACCUCAAUGACUACCACACAUACGCGGUCUACAGGUACACAUGCCGUGGACUGUUUGAGAUACACAAGCUGCUCUUCAGUUUCCAGAUGUGUGCCAAAAUCCUGGAGGUGGCUGGUAAACUCAACAUGGACGAGUACAGCUUCUUCCUCCGAGGAGGCCUUGUGCUCGAUAAAGAGGACCAGAUGGACAACCCCUGUACCAGUUGGCUGGCAGACUCUAGCUGGGACAACAUCACAGAGCUGGACAAGCUGCCCAACUUCCAUGGCAUCAUGGCUUCCUUUGAACAGUACCCACGGGACUGGCACCUUUGGUUCACCAGCACUGAGCCGGAGCGGGCCACACUACCAGGCGACUGGGAGAAUAAUUGUAACGAGCUACAGAGGAUGCUGAUUGUUCGCUCUCUGCGUCAGGACCGGGUCUCCUUCUGUGUAUCUUCCUUCAUUGUUAACAACCUUGGCUCUAGCUUCGUGGAGCCACCUGUUCUCGACAUGAAGGCUGUAGUGGAAGAAUCCAGCUGCAGGACCCCACUGAUCUUUGUCCUGUCUCCUGGGGUGGACCCAACAGGAGCCCUGGUGCAGCUGGCUGAGGCCUCUGGCAUGAGCAGUCACUUCCAUGCUCUGUCUCUGGGGCAGGGACAGGCUCCUAUUGCUAAGAACUUGAUUGAGGAGGGUGUCCAAAAUGGUCACUGGGUGUUUCUUGCCAACUGCCACCUCUCUUUGUCCUGGAUGCCAGAGCUGGACAAGCUGGUUGAGCAGCUGCAGGUGCAGAGGCCACACUCAGACUUCAGGCUGUGGCUCAGCUCUUCACCACAUUCUGAAUUUCCAAUUACUAUCCUGCAGGCUGGUAUCAAGAUGACCACUGAACCACCAAAGGGUGUGAAAGCCAACAUGAAACGUCUCUACCAGCUGGUGACAGAAGCUCAGUUCAACCGCUGCUCCAAACCCGUCUUCUACAGGAAGUUGCUGUUCUCUCUCUGCUUUUUUCACAGCAUCCUACUAGAAAGGAAGAAAUUUCUACAGCUGGGUUGGAACAUUGUGUAUGGCUUCAAUGAUUCUGACUUUGAGGUGAGUGAGAAUCUUCUGAGUCUUUACCUGGACAACAAUGAAGAGGUUCCCUGGGAUGCUCUGAAGUAUCUUAUCGCUGAGGUCAACUAUGGAGGUCAUGUUACAGAUGACUGGGACAGGCGUCUUCUCACUACAUACAUCAAUGACUACUUCUGUGAUGCUGCCAUCAAUCAGCCUUUCUUCAAGUUAUCGUCUUUAUCGUCCUACUACAUGCCUCGUGAUGGUCCUCAGUCCUCAUAUAAAGACUAUAUCAGCAUGCUCCCACCAACAGAGCACCCGGAGUUGUUCGGACAGAACCCUAACGCUGACAUCGCUAGUCAGAUAGCUGAGACCAGCACACUCUUUGAUACCCUGCUUUCCUUGCAGCCCCAGGUCUCCAGCCCCACAAUGGUAGGGUCCAGGCCCAGCAGAGAAGAUAAGGUGUUGGAGCUGUUGGCAGAUGUUCGUGAAAAGAUCCCAUCUUUGAUUGAGCAUGAACAAACCCAGCCCCUCCUCCAGGAGAACACCUCCCCUCUGAAUGUGGUCCUGCUUCAGGAGAUCCUAAGAUACAACUCUCUGCUGGAUACCAUCAUAUUGUCCCUGGUGGAGCUGGAGAAAGGAAUUAAAGGCUUAGUGGUGAUGUCAUCCAACCUGGAGGAGACCUUCAACUGCAUCUAUGAUGGUCGAGUCCCACACCUGUGGGAGAAGGCGUACCCCUCGCUGAAGCCCCUGGCGGCGUGGACCAGGGACCUGUGCCAGCGGGUGCAUCAGUUUGCGCGCUGGGCGGAGGCGGCCCAGCCCCCCACCUUGUUCUGGCUGCCCGGCUUCACCUUCCCCAACGGCUUCCUCACCGCGGUGCUGCAGUCCUCCGCUCGACACCACAACAUAUCAGUGGACAUGCUGUCCUGGGAGUUCAUAGUGUCCACCGUAGACGACAGCAACCUCCUUUACCCACCCAAGGACGGAGUGUUUGUCCGAGGUUUGUACCUGGAAGGUGCUGGUUGGGACAAGAAGAACGCGUGUCUGGUAGAAGCUGAACCCAUGCAGAUGGUGUGUCCCAUGCCCACCAUCCACUUCAAACCUGUGGAAAACCGCAAGAAGAUGGCAAAGAGUAUGUACCUGUGUCCGUGUUACUACUUCCCAGUGCGCUCCGGCAAGGCGGGCCGAGCGUCCUUUGUGGUCGGUGUAGAACUCAAGUCUGGAGCCGUGACGCCAGAUCACUGGAUCAAGAGAGGCACCGCUCUCCUCAUGAGCCUGGACAACUGAAGGCCUUCACAAACACACCCUCACACAUGCUCCUGCUCAUUACUAGGUUUAAACACUUUAUUACUUCAUAUGUGUUUUUUUAUGAUUACCCUAUUUAUGAACUUUUGGUUUUAAAUGAACAAAAGUAAUAAAAAUAAUAAGUUCAGCAA